AUGGGGAUCAACAUCAGAAGAGCCACAAUCGAGGAUGUCCAGGCAAUGCAAAAUGCCAACUUGCUCAACUUACCCGAGAACUACCAGUUGAAAUACUACAUGUACCAUAUAUUGUCGUGGCCCCAGGCCAGUUUCGUCGCUACAACGCACGACACGAUUGAUACAGAAGAGGAUGAAAAUGGAGAAGUCCUUGCGGAAGAACCCGUGGAAGACAUAGAUUCCGAAGAUCCAAAGGGUGAUACUUCAUACAUCAGAAAGGGCGAGAAGAUCGUGGGCUACGUCUUGGGAAAGAUGGAGGACGACCCAGAAGCCGAAGAUAAGACCCCACAUGGACACAUCACUUCCUUGGCGGUGAUGAGAACAUACAGAAGAAUGGGAUUGGCUGAGAAGUUGAUGCGUCAAUCUCUAUACGCUAUGUAUGAGGUGUUCAAGGCUCAGUACGUUUCACUCCAUGUCAGAAAGUCCAACAGAGCAGCAUUGCAUUUAUAUAGGGACUCCUUACUGUUUGAGAUGACGAACAUCGAGAAGUCUUAUUACCAGGAUGGCGAGGAUGCCUAUGCAAUGAGAAAGGAUUUGAAGCUAGAGGAGAUGCUUCCGUAUCACGGUUAUGAAGAGCAGGAUGACUUCACUCAGGAUCUUAUCUAA